UAACAAACAUAAUGCUUCUUAAAAAUUCAAUUAUUAUAAUAGGGUCGUCGUCAACAGAAUACUUUAAAAUUGAAUUUGGACACCUGAAAAUCAGAACAGUUGUUACAUUCUCAAUCGGUCGUUUUAUGAAGCAGUCAUUUCUCUUGAUCACGCUCUGUUACUGCACGUUUAUAACUAAAUGUCUUGUAUUGGCCAUAAGAGGGACCUUAUAUGAUUAUCUUAAUGCGGAUAAUUUAAGUAAAAUUGAACGAAGAAAGUUAAAGGCCUUUCUUCAAAUGACACAGGAUAAUGAUUUUUCCUACACUUUGUGGGGUGUUAUACCUUUAAAUAUGUCACUGCCACUAAAAUACUAUGCCGUAUGCUUGACAUAUCUUAUAAUUGUGUAUCAAUUCUCAAAAUUUAUUUACUAGCUAGCUUUUGCCCGGAAUUUCAUUCGUGGAGAGUUCUGAAUUGAAUUCACAAAAAAGUGCAUAUUGUGUGGUUAAAUAAUAAAUAUGUUUAGUAAUAGGCAAAGACAUUAAUAGAAAUGUUAUUACGUGGUUCUGUGGAAAUUACAUUAAAUAAAGACAUAAGUCCCUCUCUUCUUAUGUAUGAGUUAUAUUAAAACUCUCCCAUUUAUAAUAUUAGCAGAACUACCACAAACAAUUUCGAGGAAGAAAAUACAAUAAAUAAUUAUUAGUUAAAGAAAGUUAUUAAUUCUAUGACAAGUGUGAAGAUUUUUAUUUGUCAUGUAACUUUAUUUUUAUGUUUCAAUAUAUUUGUAUUUACAAUUUUUACCCGUUAAGCAGAGCGUAGUAAGCAAUCUCAUAACACUUUAAUAAUUGUGCUCCUGAUUGAGUGAACAUAGCACGCUGUAGAUAUGUAACACCAGAUACAUUAAA